AUGAGGAUGCACAUGCAAAAACUUCAUGGUAUACACCCCUUAUGGCUAUAUUUCAAGAAUCCCAACAACAACCACAUGAAUCCAAUUACACCACUGCAUAACCAAAUAACUUGCAUUAAAAAAAAUCUCUUUCUUUCUUUUUUGAUCAAAAGAAUCAACGAUUAUAGCAUCGUACUUUCCUUCUGGUGUCGUUUUCUGGGUUCAAAUGUCAUGUCAAUGGACUUCCAUCCUCAACACCAAACUAUUCCCUUAGCUGGAACAAAUGUGGGUGAAAUAAGCAUUUGGGAGAUUGGAACUCGAGAAAGAAUGGUGCAUAAACCCUUCAAGGUUUGGGAUUUAUCUGCUUGUUCAAUGCCUUUUCAGAAAUGUCCUUUAAAAUGUUGGCGAGGUGGGUUAUGCCUUUCAAGAUCUAUUGGAGAUAGAGAUGUUGGGGAGUUCAUUAUUCCAGUCCCUCAUGUCAAACAAGUGAAGCUAUCUUCUGCUGGUGGGCUGCUUGUAAUUUCAAGUGAUGGAGUCUGGGAUGCUCUUUCCACUGAAUUAGCUCUUGAAUGCAGUCCCGGAUUGGCUCCGGAAUCAGCAGCAACACAAAUUGUCAAAGGGCUUUCUUGA